AUGAAGCAGACCCCCCAAAAAGAUGAAACGGGCAAAGCGGUCAGACUGACGCGUGGCCCGGAGAGGAUGACCGAGGAGCAGGCGGGGCUUCUCCACCACGACCCGUCGUCCUCUUGCGUUUCCACCAGGCGCGCUUCCUGUCGGGCAUCGUCCCCCUCUCCUGCUCUCCUCAGGGUGCAAGAACCGCCCUUCCGGCUCUCGCUCGUGUAUCCCCAGCCUCCAACCAUGAUGGCUGAGCACCUCCAGAUUGGCCUGGGCCACCAUCUGGCAGAGCAGGAGCAGCUGCAGCACCAUCAUGCUCAGCACCAUGGCCAGAGCUUGACAAGCCUGCUGCAGACCCCUGACGAGGACAAGCUGCAGACCCUGCCCAACGCUCUUCAAAGUGCUCUGCGCUCCGCCCGUAUCCGCUUUGCCAACAUCUUUGUGCGACUCUAUGUCAAGGGGACGGCCAUCCCGGUCGAGCAUGCAGCUGCCAUCCCCACAGAUGAGCCUCUCAGGAAGAGGCAGAAGACCGAUGGAGCCUUCUCUGCGGAAACCAAGUAUGUGGGGCAUCCUGGCAUCAAGAUUCCCAAGGUCUUCAUUGGAAAUCUGUACUAUAAGAAGGUUGCUGAGGCUGAUGCCAGGCUGGGCCAGACCAUGGGGCCUCAACUGGAUGGGAGGACCCUAGCCCUGGACAACACGAGUGCCACUGGACUGUUUGUGGCUCUGAGGAAAGUGUUCCCAGAGAAAGGGGAGGUCAGCUAUCCUCAGAAGGAGAUUCACUCCUCCGCUCGUGUGGCCAAGCUGUAUCCCGAGCUUGGUGUGGAGGAGGAUGACUUCACCAGGCUGCGCCUCAUCCACGGCCUGGAGAUCCAGCACCAUCCUGACCUCAACAACGUGGAUCUUACCCAGGAUGACAUCGAAUGGUUCCGUCAGAUGGUUGGGCGUGCGAGCCUGGACAUCAGCGAGGCUGAGUACAAGCACCCCGUGACGUACAAGAAGGGCGUCACGCACAUGACCAUGAAGGAGCGCCAAGAGCACGGCAUCACGGGCGUCAGCCGCUCGUCCAAGUCAUCCAAGGCCAACAGCAAGAAGAGCGGGCCCCCGCUCGGCGCGUUCGCCAUCCAGAUCCUUCCGGACGGCGGCUCGCGCCCGGUCACAGAUUGCCAGAUCCUGGGCCAGGCGAGCAAGCGUCCGUUCUUCCAGGUCAAGCUGGGCCUGCCAUGGCACGCCAACUCGCCCGAUCUAGUGACUGUGGAGCUGACCGACUGUGGAAGGUUGACGGUGAUUGUCAAGGGGACCGAGACGUUCCCCGAGGAGACGCGGUAUGAGAUCGGGCUGCAGUCGAGCAUCGACGUGCAAAAGAGCAAGAGCCGGCUGCAAGGGACCCACCUGCUUGUCAUGGCGUACCCGCGCCCGCAGCAGACGCGGACGCUGGAGGUUGCGAUGGCUGAUACCAAGGGACAAGCGUAGGGACUCGAGUCGAGGUCUAGUUGCUACUAGGUGGCUCAAAUCUGGUGCCCUGGUUUCAUAUGGGGCUCCGCACUAUGUGAAAGCAGUUUGUAGGGGUGCUUGGCUCCUAUUGUAGAUGUGCGUACGAUACUGUGAGUAGGUGCUUAGCAAGGCGUUUUUCUGCAUGUGGUUUCUUGCCACAAACAGCGGUACGUGGGCAGCUCCACUCUUAGACGACUGACAUUGUUGUGUGCUACACUUCUAAGUCGUCAUGCUCAAACGGCCGUUCUUCAGCAUUACCGCAGUUGAAACAUGAGAUAUGGAUGUGCC